ACACAUGUGAUUCGCUUUGCCUGUGAGGAAUGGCGCUGCCUACUGCUGACUCUCCUUAUAAUCCUCUGUCUCAUUUCUCUCGUCUGGUGUUUUAAUCUCUUACGAUUGUCACCAAGAGAUUUGUGCCAACCCGUCCACUACUCCCUUGCCGCAAUGAUGCUUAUUUUGCUUUACCUCAUCUACCUUUUUGAAUGCCUCAACUGCCGCACACGAUUGGAGCUCGCUAGGGCCACUAAAGUCCGUUUCACUUCCGACUUGAAAAGCAGUAGGCAUAGUGACGGGGCUGCGGUAUUGGAAACUGAAGCGCAUGACAGAGUUAUUACUUCUGUUAAGCAGCAUUUUAUCAACGAAUCAACUACUUUUAAAUUUCACCUGACGUUUGUGAAGGAAUUGAUUUUUGCUGAUGAAGUCACCAGGAGGCAAUAUGAAGAACAUAAAAGCAGAUUCAUGAAGUUACAACAGUCUAAUGAUGACUUUGUGGAGAUAAAGGAAGGUUCGUUAUCACAACCUCUUGUCAAUGUCUUUGCAUGUACAUAUGCUGCCUUUUUGUGGGCUCCUGUAAACUGCAAACAAGGUUUCAAAAUUAUUUGUAUGAGCGCACCAAAAAAUAAUUCCAAAACUGAUCCUUAUCACCUGAUUUUACUAAAGUGGUAA